UCACAAAGACAAAACCCAAGGGCGGUGCAAGCAACUAACAAACGCCUCUACUCCUCGAUCGUAUCGGCGCAUGUUAGCAGUACGCAGUACGGUUGUUGGUGUGAUGAUAGAGAGAAGAGAGAUGCCGAGAAAGAGGAAACAAACCAGUGAGUGAUGGAACAAUAAAAGCAAAGGGUGUUGCUUUGCAGCUGCACCUUACUGCACACAAACAUUAACACAAACAUAAAACUCUUAAUUUUGUCUUUGUCUGAUUUCCAGUGUUGUUAUGUUGCACCUGCGCGUACUGGAACACACAUUGUGAAGGUGGGAUGGCCAUGGAGAAGGGUGAGAGAUGUAGCUGUUUAGAGAGAGAAAGACACGCAUCUCUCGCUCCUUCUUAAAUCUCACGUGUCCUCACUUUCUCUUUCUCUCCUUCUUCUUCUUCUCGCUUUCUCCGUUUUCUCUUUUGUUUUCUCCGCCUCCCUUUGCCUUUCAUGAGGAGGAGGAGAGAGAUGGAAGCCGCCGCACCCAGAGAUGGACUUCCCCAUAACCGAGGUGGCACAGACGAUUUGUACACAGAACUGUGGCGUGCAUGUGCGGGGUCUUCCGUUUAUGUUCCUCGUGUUGGAGAGAGGGUUUUCUACUUCCCACAAGGUCACUUGGAGCAGGUUGCUGCAUUUACUCAGCAUCAGCAAGAUGGACACAUGGAAAUUCCUGUGUAUGAUUUGCCUCCUAAGAUCUUAUGCAGAGUUGUGUGUGUUCUAUUAAAGGCCGAAACUUACACUGAUGAGGUUUUUGCUCAAGUUACAUUAGUUCCGGAGCCCAGGCAAAAUCACUUUGGUUUAGAGAACGAAGACAAUAAUGUUCCUAGCAGAACUACAACCUACUCCUUUGGUAAGGUACUCACUCCGUCAGACACAAGUACACAUGGUGGAUUCUCUAUUCCGAAGAGACAUGCUGAUGAAUGCUUCCGUCCCCUGGACAUGACUCUUCAAACGCCUGCACAGGAAAUUGUUGCGAAGGACUUGCACGGGUUCGAGUGGCAUUUUCGACACAUAUACCGUGGUCAGCCGAAACGACACUUGCUAACUAGCGGUUGGAGCACGUUCGUGAAUGCAAAGAAACUUGUUGCUGGAGAUUCAUGCAUUUUUGUUAGUGGGGAGGAUGGACAAGUUCGUGUUGGGAUACGUCGGGCAAUUCGACAUCACGGCAAUGCAUCCCCUUCUUCAUCUCUGAUAUCGGGUCAUAGCAUGCAACUUGGAAUUUUGGCUAGUGCUUCCCAUGCUGUCGCCACAGGAUCAAUGUUCACUGUCUAUUACCACCCUUGGACGAACCCCUUUGAGUUUAUCAUUCCUCUGCAAAACUAUUUGAAGUCAACUGUACCUGACUAUUCAAUUGGAACGAGAGUUCAGAUGCAGUGUGAUGUUGAAGAGUCUCUAAGAAGAUAUGCAGGUACGAUAAUUGGUAAUGAAGUUAUUGACAGCAUUAGGUGGCCAGGUUCUGAAUGGAGAUGUCUCAAGGUGCAAUGGGAUGCCAUAGUAGAUGCCUUCAUGCACCCUGAAAGGGUCUGUCCGUGGUGGAUUGAGCCCUUGGAAUCUGGCAUGGAGAAGCACAUUCCCGUUCUCCCCAACCCAAAAAAGGCACAUGUACUUCACCAGCGCCCUUUGCCUGGAUUGAAUGUCUUUGCCAUGGAUGAUGCUGCCGCUCAGAGUUCAGCCAGGCGGGUAGCGGAUAGGGGCUUGCAAGGACAAGAUUACAGUGGCCUGAGUACUUCACGGGCAUUGCAAAGACCACCAUCGACUGAUGUAAUCCACCCAUCGAAGUUCUCAAUCGGUGGCUCACAAUUCGGGAAGGAGAAUCUGAACCAGCUUCCCUUUCUGAUGCAAGACAUUCUUCAUAAAUCUCUUGGAAGAUCAAGGUCAUUGCCACAUGAAGACUUGUCAAUUUCAAGUUCAAAUUUAAGCUCCAUUUGUUCUGAAUCCUUGGGAUGGCCGCCUUCUGAAUCUAGAAAUGAAAAUGAUGCUCCACUUGGCCAUCUUGGCAGUUGUAGCAAAUACAAGCUUUUUGGAGUUAACUUAAUUGACCGGCAACCGGAGCUCCCUUCACCACAAUUUGCUGGUUUCAGCAAGACUUCAAGUCUGCUUUCUAGUCCUCCAAUGUGUGUUACCUCCGGGAAAACAUGUAAGAAGUGUCGCUCUGUCAAUAAUCGUAGCUGCACAAAGGUGCUUAAGUUGGGAACUGCUCUUGGAAGAGCAGUUGAUCUUACCCGUUUUCGUGGAUAUGAUGAACUCAUUGCUGAGCUCGACUCGAUGUUUGAUUUUGGAGGCAGCUUAGUCAAUGGAAGCAGUGGAUGGCAUGUGACCUGCAUAGAUGAUGAUGGAGACAUGAUGUUCUUGCGAGAUUACCCAUGGCAGGAUUUCCAGUGUAUGGUGCAAAAGAUGAUCAUAUGUCAGAAGGAUGGUAUCAACAAUCUCAAUCCAAGCUCUUCAACAGAUCCUCCAAGCCUUUAGUGAUCCGCCUUGCGUCUCUUUCUCCACAGCUUGCGGGACUAGUCCAUCUAUCUAAAUCUGUUCUCUCUAUGCAACCAAUACCAUUCUGAGUCGUUUUUAGUUCCAAUACAUUUCUUCCUUUUCCUGCCAAUUUCGGAGAUCCGCAAUGUUAUAAGCUUAUGUGCAUGCUGGCUUUUAUUAUUAGCAUAGGAAUAUAGCAAUCACAGUGAAAAUUUACAGGGUCAAAAAUCGAAAUCUGGUUUUGUUGUUUUGAGAACCUGUCUUUUUGAUACUUGUGCAAACUAUCCAUGAUUCUGAUAUAAUACUUGACAAUAAUACAUGGCCAUUUCGUCGAAACGAGUGUGCUUGUGGCUCUCAAGUUUGAUUGCUUCGAUCGUCAGCCAUAAUUUUUAGAAUUACACCUUGGCGCUUGAAAAUUUAAGCAAAUUUAGUUUGAUAAAAUGAUUUUAAUGCCAUAGUACCCUAUACUCGUUUUUAAUUUUUCGUAAUUUCUCAUGGUGCUCCAC